AUGAAUCAAAAUGAGGACAAAAAAUUUACAUCAAAAAAUACGGAUUCAUCAACUUUAAAUCCAACAAGACAAUAUAAUUUUACAAAUGACUUAAAUCUAAAUAAAAUUGAAUCACAAAGGACUAAAAGAAAUAGACCAUUAAGUUCAUAUAUGGAUGAAACAUUUGAAUCAACAGAUUAUUUUACGAUUAAUGAUAAAUAUAAUUAUCCAACAACAUUUAAAUCAGACAAUGUAGUAAAAGACAGUAAAAACAAUUCACAAUUAAAGAAAAAAUCAUCAUUUGCAUCACUUACAUCACCAAUUUUUCAAAAAUCUAAGAAUUUGUCGUCAUCAUCAUCAAAAAUUUCAGAUUCUCCAUUGAGUAGUCGAAAACCUUUAAAAAGUCUCACAAAUUUACAUUCUUCAAUAAAAGCAAUAUCAAAAGCAUCGCAUAGUUUUUUCAAUAGUUUUCAUAUGACUGCAAUUAAUCCUGAUACAUCAAAAGAUGAAGUUGAAGAAACAGGAAAACAAUCACAAGAAAACGAAGAAGUAGAAGAAGUUGUAACAGAUUGUGAUUCAGAUGAAGAUGAUACUUUUGAUACAAUACAAUUAGGUUCACCAACUGAAAACUUAAGAAAUCGGUCACAAAGAAACUCGAUAUCAAUAAGUAAUAAUAUUAAUAAUCUGCCAUCUAAAAUGGUAGAAAAACCUUUUCCUUCAUCAACUUCAUCAAUAAAAUUAAUUAAUAAACCUAAUUUUAGAAGAUAUCAUUCAGUUUCAACUACUCAAAAAGAACUUGAAGAUUGUAAAAUUAUAGAUUAUAAUAAUGAUAAUACAAAUUUAAAAAAUUCAACUAUUAAAUAUCAUAAAAGUUUAAAUAAUUCAGAUACAUUAUUAAGAAUAAAUGAAACUCAAUUAGAAAAAAUUUUAAAAGGUGAACAUAAUCAUGAAUUCAAUAAAUUUUUAAUAGUAGAUUGUCGAUUUCAAUAUGAAUAUAAUGGAGGUCAUAUAAAUUCAGCAAUUAAUAUAAACUCAUAUGAUGAUUUAGAAAAUAAAAUUCAAAAAUUAAUGAAUGAAGAUGAAGAUUCACCAACUACAUUAUUAAUAUUUCAUUGUGAAUUUUCAGUUUAUAGAAGUAUAUUAAUGGCAAAAGAAUGGAGAAGAUAUGAUAGAUUAAUAAAUAAAAAUAAUUAUCCAUAUUUAACUUGGCCAGAUAUUGUUAUAUUAGAAGGUGGAUAUAAAGGAUUUUUUGAAAAAUUUCCAAAUUUUUGUUAUCCAAAAAAUUAUAUACCAAUGAAUCAAAAUAAUGAUAGUAAAAAUUUAAUAAAUAAUAUAAGAAAUGAAAAUAAAUUAUUAAAUAGAGCUAAAUCUUUCAAUCAAUUUAAUUCAUCAAUUUCAAAUAAUCUGGUAAAUGAAGUUUGGAAUAAUGAUAAUGAAUAUCAUCAACAACAUAAUAAAUCAUCAUCUUUUUCAAAUUUAUAUUAUUCUAAUAAUAAUAAUUCCAAUAAAAAGACAAUAAAACGUCAAAAAUCAAAUUCAAAAGUUAAUUUAAACUUAAGAUUAACAAGAGCAAAUACUUUUAGUUCAAAUACAAAUCAUCAAUCAUUAAAAUUGUUUGAUAAUAAUUCAACAAUAUUUUAUACAGCUCCAAAUUAUAAUCAACAAUCAAAUUCAUCAUCACCAGCAAGUUCACCAACAUUACAACAUUUUCAAUUUAAUGAUGAUUCAACUCCACCAAUAACUUCAACCAAUACUAACACAAACUCAACCACCUCAUCCACAACACUUCAAAGACCUAAUUUUUUACCUCCUUCAACUUCAUAUAGAAAUAAUAAUAGUUUAUAUUCUCAAUAUCAUAGAAAAUCAUAUUCAUCAAAUUUUUCAUCAUCUUCAUUAUCAAUAAAUUCAACAUUAUCAAGAUCUUCAUCAAUAAAUUCAGAAAAUAAUCUGUUAUUAAAUUUUGAUACUCCAAAUUCUCCAUUUAUUGAUUCAACAUCGAAUCAUAGUCAUAACAACCAUAAUCAUAACAACCAUAAUCAUAAUCAUAAUCAAAACCUUUAUCAAAGUCCAAGUUUAAUUCAUGAUAAUUCAGCAUCAUCUACUUCAACUUCAAAUUCUUCAAUUACUGAUUAUUUUGAUAGUAAAAAACCAUCAAUUUCUUCAUCAAUUACAACAACAACCUUAAAUGAUCAAUCACCAAAUAAAUUUCAAUCACCAACUUCAAAAAAUUUUCAAUUUCCUAAACGAUCAAUUUCAACAUCGAAAAUUAAUUUAAUAAAACAACAACAACCAUCAUUACUGAAAACAAAAGAUUCAUCUACAUUAUCACCGAAAAUAUCAUCACCAUUAUCAACAAUUGAUUUGAAUAUAAAUACACCUAAAAGUAAUGAUUUAGAAGAAGAUAAUUCAUUAACUUUAUCAACAAUACAAUCAAAUAUUAAUAAUUCACAUUCAUCAAUAUAUGAUCCAAUAAAUGAUACACCAGUUGAAUUUUCAAUACCUACAACUUCCUUUGGUGGUGAUAGAAAUGUAAGAAAAUCAAAAUCAAUUUCAAAUUUAAAAAGAAAUAAUAAUAAUAAUAAUAAUAAUUUUGAAAUUUUUAAUCAUUCUCAUACUUUUUCUAUACCUAAUGGUAUUGGAUUUAAUUCAGUUUGUGAUAUAAAUGAAGUUGAUGAAGAAGAAAAUUGA